AUGGCUGGUGGACGUUAUCACGUUUGCAAGAAGUGCGGCCCGGCCAGCUGGAUCUUUGCGGCAAAGGUGCCCAAGUUCCCCAAGUGUCAGUGGUGCGGAACUAAGUGGCCAACGGAUGUGCCCACCCCCAAGAUCUGGUCCAAGCCGGAGCCGAAGCCCCGACCUCGCAAGCCUAAGACCAACAAGGUUCACGACUGCUUGCGGAAGGUAUGGGAUACUCUUCCUGAAGAGGCCUGUGUGCAGCUGAAAGAAGCAGGGUUUGAAGCCAAGCCGGCUCGCGCAGUGGAUGUGGAUCUUGUUGCUCUCCUGCAGCAGCAUGUCGGAGACCUUCCCCAGGUCAUCGUGGACGCCCUGCCGGCCACCCCAACCCCGGACCCUCGCCAGGAGGGCAAGGAGGCUGGGGAUGUUCUUCGCAGCUCGGUGGGCAAGCUCCGUGAUUUGGGCCAGAGGAAACUGAGGCUGCAGGAGGAGAUCGACACAGCAAAGGACAAUUUGCGAGCAAUGCUUCACAAGAUGCAGGACAUCCAGAAUGCCAUCGAGGAGGCAAAGGUGGAAGUCGCAAAGACCACCAAGGAAUAUGAAGACAAGGUGGUCAAGCAUUGCGCGGAAGAGGUCAACAAUGGAGUGGAAUCUGUUCUGCAGGCUUUGGGCAUGCAAGAGGCCAGCCUUACCGAGGAGCAAAAGAGAAAGCUGGAAGCUCUUAAGUCCGAUGAAGCCAAGCGCAGAUGCAUGCAGGUCUGCAGGUGUCAGGCCGGGGAGGACCCGUGCCACACCCUUUUCCAGGAUCCCUCACCAGUCCCAAUUUCUUUAGCAGCGCUAUGCCAAUAUGAGGUGGUCCACCAUCCCUUGGUGACGGGGCCGAGGAGGUGGAUCUCGACCCACAGGUACCCAGUCGUCUUGUCGCAGCAGAAGAACCCGACGACGUCGCAACAGGUUCGGAGGAUCUUUCUGCCAACUCUUAUGAAGUUAAGCCUAGGAAUCUCAAGGAUUCUAGUGACCUUCCACGCCUCGCAAGGCUGUGGUUAUGUCAUUGUGGCGUUGCGCUCCAAAGGGGUAGAUUUCAAUUGGAUCUCCUUGUACCUGGAAAGUGGGACUGGCUUGGAUAGCCCAGUAAAUGAUCUUAUCCUGACCAGCCUUACCCAACAUUUGUCCCUCCUUCAAGGCAUGUGGGUGGUUGGUGGGGAUUUUAACGUUCCGAUUCAGGACUUCCUUAACUCCAGGUAUGAAGAAAGGUGGCAGGGCCGGGUGGUUGGCAGUGGGUCUCCUACGGCGGGAGGGGACUCCGAGAUUGACUUCUUCGUCGUCCACCCCAGUCUCCAGUCCCUGUCGACGGUCCGGCUGUCUUUUGACACUCCUUUCAAGCCUCACGGACUUCUAACCUUGGACGUGCCAGUGCACUCCCUCCAGUUGAGAGUCCCCACCAUCAGGUCGGUGGUGUCCCCGGCCCCCUCCUCCUUCCACGCACGCUCCCCAGUCCAGUUGGUCCAGAUCUUGAAUGUGGUGUCCCAGCAGGAGUCCUCUCUCGCCUUGGGCCAAUGGUCUCGCGACCUUCAGUCGGAGGCCCAGGCCACCACAGGUGCCUGGACAGGAGGGCCUAUGGCUAUCUGGGAUAGAUGGCGCACCUGGCUUCAGACAGGGAUGUUCCCCAAGUCCUCAGAGGCCUUCGCCUCCAUUCCACCGGACGACCCCCUUCUUCCCGUCCUAAAGGACUGGGUUCAUGCUGAUGACCGCAGCAGCCUCACUCGGGAGUUGGUGCCCCAGGUUGAGACAAAAUAUAAGGAAGCUUUAGCCUCCCAGACCUCCCAGAACUCCGAGUCUUACUCCAAGUGGCUAGAAGAGGCGCAAAAUGAUCACCUCCGCCCCCUUUACCGCUCCCUUCGAGCUGAUGAGCAAACCUUGGAACGGCCGUAUCGUGAGUUCACUCCCCUGGCGCGGCCCUAUAAACGGCUCGAAUUUUGGUGCGAGGUCUGGCAGGGUAACCUGGUGUCGCCAGCUCCGCUCCAAGGGGAAGUAUGGGAUGCCUUGUUUGACUUAGCCCGGGAGCAGGUCCGUUCCCUGCCCAAGCAUUCUGCUAGCUCUGUCGCUAAGAUAUGCGCCGCCAGGAAUCCCAAAAAAGGAGGCCCGGACGGCUGGGAUUUCAAUGAUCUUCGAGACCUGCCUCGGGACGCGUAUGCAGUCCUAGCCAACGUCUUCAAGAAAAUGGAGGAGGACCUUGCCAUUCCCCUCCAAGUUUCCCAGGUCCAGAUUGUUCUUCUGGCCAAGAGUGCCUUGAAGGAAAGACCUAUCGGUCUCACAUCGGUCCUGUGGCGGCUUUGGUGUAAGACUCGGCGGUUCUUGGUCAGCCAGUGGCUGGACUCUUACAUCCCGGAUCAUCCUUUUGACUCGGCGAUUCCAGGCCGAACCUCGUUGGACGUUGCCCUGGCCAGGAAAUGCUCCAAAGAGUCUGCCAGAGUCAAGGGUUUGCGCACUGUCUCGUUGUUUGUUGACAUUAAUGGGUUUUACGAUAGCGUCUCUUGGCAGAGGCUUUGCGAACAAGGCUUGCGGUUGUCUUUCCCAGCCUUGGCCCUGUGCCUCUCCCUUCGCCUCUACCAAGGAGGUCGCACGGUGGUGGGGGAAUCCCAGCCCAGUCCCACCAUCUUCCCAGGCUUGCACCAUUGCGACGUAUGGUUGGACGAUGUCUCCGCAGACUCCCUCCAUGCCUCGCCGGAUAUAGCCGCGGGAGCGGCUUAUGAAGCCUUUCGAGUGCUCAAGGUCUUUAUGGCCAUGAAGCACAAGGGGAGCCGAUACGGUUCAACGGAUACCAUCCUAGAUAUGACGGCCCACGAGGUUCAGGAUCCCUACCUUAUUGUGGUAACCCAGCACGUGGAAAGUCUUUUCAGGAUGAUGGCCAGAUGUAACCGCAUGGGAUGGGAGGCAGUAAAGGACACUUGGCGAGUGGUCUGGAAGCGGCUGGAGGCUGCGAAACACGGUUGGUCCGUGGUCACUGGACCUAUCUCAGCCAUGUGUCAAUACCUCCGCGACCUCCAGGUCGACGGCCACGAUCCUUCCCGCUGGGUUUUUGAGGAGCGUGUUCUUGAAAUCAAGCCUUCUGAGGUUUCGGUUGUCUGCCAAACCUCGUCUUUCCUCACGGACAUCAUCAAGACCCAGAGGUCUCGUCGCAUGGGAUCGGCCUCGUCGGCAGCGGGUGCUGGUGGCGGGGUCGACUGGACGGUCCCGCGUCGCCUGCUCAAGUCAGUGCGCACCAAAACAACCCGGUACGCCUAUCGGGCUGUUUUCCAAGGGUCCAUUCUCCAUAAUGGCAAUGGUGGCAAGGAUGUCUGUAAGUUUUGUGGCGAUUCCGGAGCCACCUUGCGCCACCUCAUGUAUGAGUGCCCUUCCUUCCCUGGUGGCAUGCGGUUACCGGGGUACGUUCUGGCGGAGAAGCGCCGUUUCCCUGAUGACUGCCUGUGGCUUCGGGGUAUGCUUCCCCUUAAAUACCUCCCAGUCGCUCCCUCGGGGGACCUAGAAGUGGUCAAGACAGGCGUGUUUCUCACGUCCUCCCAGGUAGUAGCAGACGGGUUGGUGGUUGCUACGGACGCGUCAGGGGGCAUGUUCACCAAGGAUCCGCGAUUGCGAAGGGUGAGCUGGUCUGUAGUCGUGGGGCGGGUUCAAGAUGGUCAGUUUCGGGAGUUAGGAACCAUGUCCGGCCUCACCCCCCCCGGAACAAGCGUCGCGCACGGUGAAUCUUAUGCCAUUGUGCAGACGAUCAAGCACACCCUUGGUCAGGCCAACCAGUGCGCUGACGAGUUGGCAGGCAAACGAGCUGCCACCAUAUCGCCUGUAGCAGGGCGGAAAGUCCAGGACCUGGAUAGGCUCGUAACCAGGAUCUGCGAUUACCUGGACGUAGAUGGCUGUGCUCCGGGUGCCAUCUUACCCUCCUUCCAGGCUGCAGCGUCGCACGUGUCUGAGGUGGGGCCUGGCAAAACAAAGGGGUCGUGGCCCCUUUUGGCGCGAGCAGCGCCAACGAAUGGCAGAGGGGAAGUCGUGGCGCUCUACGGCGACCCUCCAGCAUUCCAAGAGGCGGCUCCUGGGGGUUCCAGCUCUUCGGCCCAGCCGGCGGCGAAGGCAUGGCCGCCUCCCCCCCUCCGGCUCCUCGGCGUGACCGUCGGCGCUCUCCCUCCCCUCGUUUGGUCUUGCGCUCAGUGGACAGAAGCCCUACCCCUCCCACCCCUCCGCGAAGGAGGCGGUCAGAGGAGGCUAGGUCCAGCCGUGACCUUCCCAACCAGCAUGCACGGCCUAGAUCCUCACACUUACGUGGGACCGGUUGUGGUGGAAGCCCGAGUUCUCACGCGCCUGGGCUGGGGACAAAGCCGUGUAGGCUACCAGCUGUCUCAGGCGUUGGUCUUGAAGCUCACGGAUGAUGCAUCCUUAAACGGUCCGGAGAUCGAUAUGGACCUGAAGGUGAGUGCGGGCCUGCAUCGUUUCCUGUACCACGUGCAAGAGCAUCGCUGCCAGGCCCGUGAGUGGCUCCAGGAAAAUGCUGCCAAUGGUCUCCGUGUUCACUCCUACCUUCUGGCCACGUUGGCCACCUUGUUGCACUUGUAUGCCUGUGGGGUUGAUGCCAAGGAUGUUGGCAUUUCAAACCUGAGCCACAGGCCGCUGGGCACGAGGAUGGUUCCCCUUCCGGCCUUCAUCGAUGCCAACAACUGGGGCCCCUCCCAAGGGAGGAGGCUGUGGAAACAGGGCUGCUUCUCUGGGGGCAUCCUUUCCCAGCCUUUGGGCUGCGGUCGCAACUUCUUCCUGAUGAGGGCUCCGGGCGAAUUCGUUUGCAUGAAGGACACCCACUGGUCAGCUGUGGUGAUUAUGCCUCGAUCGCGAAGCUACACUGUGUGCCAGUUUUGCAACGACUCUUGGAUUUACAAUCACAAGAUCAAGCGCCGUCCUUUUUGCAGAUGUGGGCAGCCAUGGCCUUUGCAACAGUCGCAGUACACCCAGGAUUCGGACCUGGGGUCGUACCAAUGGUCCCAGAAGCGUGCCGUUUUUGCCAAGCCGACCAAGCCUGCAAAAACCCAGCCAUCCAAGGGCUUUAAGGGUGUGCAGGUCCUUGGUGAGCACUGGGGUUCUUUGCCUGAAGCAGUGCAGCAUGUGCUCAAGAAGAAUGGGCUGGCCCCACCGGAGCCUGCUGAUGAUGAAGACCCGCUGCUUAAGCUGCUCAUGCAGCACAAAGAAGCCCUGCCUGACGAGAUCAAGCUCGAGCUUGACAAGAGGGACCCGGAGCCUUUCGAAGUUGCACUUGCCACCCAGGAUGCUUUCAAAACUGCAGUUGGAAAGCUAAGGGAGCUUGGCCAUCACAAGUUGCUCUUGCAGCAACGAAUUGACAAUGCAAAGACUGCCUUCACUGCCUUGCUUUCGCAGAUGCAAAACUUGCAGGCGGAGAUCAAAGAUGCUGAGCAAAAGGUUGAGAAAGUUGGAGGUGACUACCAUGAGAAAGUGCUUAAGACGGAGGAUGGCACAGAUCCUAUGGAUGUGGAAGCGGUUUUGGGACAGCUUGGAGUCCAGCUGACCCAGGAGCAGGCCACCUGGAAGGCCAUCCAGGCCGAGCAUGCUUCCAAGCGGAGGAUGAGUGCGCAUCUGAUCUUCUCAGGGUCCCGGCUGGUCCAGUUUUCGUUGCUGGCCACCUCGUGGGUGGUACGAUCGGCAGCCUCCCCUUUGAAGACCUCUGGGCCCAAGUUCUUUUCCAGGGCCGUGUUUGAUGAUGCAGAUCAUGUUGUUUCAUCCUUGGACACACUUGAGGCCUCCCCCAGUCCCAGGCCCCGGAAGAGCACCAUAUCGCAGCCAAGGCCCGGCCAGGCCAACAAAAAACAGGUUCAAGAGUGGAAGGCCCUCCUCCACAUCCUUGAGGCUGCACCUGUGAUGGAUAUGCCUGCCAAAGAGGCUGAUUUGCUCCAAUGGAUUGAGGACCUUGAGCAGUCCAAGGAUGACACCCUGGGGGUGAUUGAUGCUGUUGACGCUGUGCUGGCUGGCUUCUGUAAAAAGGGGUCAGAUAGCAAGGUUCUGCUGAUUGGUCAGGCCAAUAUCACCACCUAUCGAAGUGAGAUUCGAACUUGGUUGGUGGAUCGGGAUGAGUCCUUUUGGCUUUUGCAGGAGACACAUGUCACUGAAUCCGACACCAGAGCCCUGGUGAACAAAUUCCAAUCUGUUGGAAAGCAAGCUUGGGCGGGCCCUGCUGCUCCGACCCAGGGAGGAUCUUCAGGGGGCCUCCUCACCCUGGUUCCUUCCUAUCGUAAUGCGGUGACUGGCCCGGCUUUCCUCUUGGAUGGCAAAGGGUUUGUGUCUGUUUCAAUUAGGUUUAGGGGUUGGGACCUCCUCCUGUUCAACCUUUACCUCCAGUCCGGGGUGGGCCCGACCGGAGGGGUUAACCCAGAGAUCCUUAGGAGGUUGGCUGCGCUCCUCAGCCAAACCAGCACAUCCUGGCUGGUUCUUGGUGAUUGGAACUGCCCUCCUGAAGAACUCCUACGAUUUGGAUACGCAGCCAUGGUUAAAGGCCGGUUGGCGGUGCCGACAAGCCCUACAAUCAAUACGGGGGGAACCUUGGAUUAUGCGUUAGCGUCGGCCAAUCUAGCGCCGGCCAUCACACUUACUCCUUGCUGGGACGUUCCGUUCAAACCCCAUGCUGCGGUUACUGUUGAGCUGAGGCUUGAGGUUGUGGAUUUGCCCCUCCGGCAGCUGAAGGGAUUCUCCCUUGAGCCAACCGCAUCAUGCCCUGAUGAGUUGCACCUCCCUGAGGCUCAAGCAUGUGGUUUGUGGGAUACAUCCCAACCACUUGACCAUGAGUGGGCUUCCUUCAGUGCUGGGGUUGAGGAGCAACUGUUUUCCGCUGCUGCGGGUCGUGGGUGGAAACUGGAAGACGCGUUCCUUCCCCUGGUUAAAACCAGCAGCCCGGAAAAAAUUUGGAAAGGCUCGGGGCCGGCCUUUUGGCAGUCCUUCCUCCUUUGGACUUCGAAAGCACUUGGAAUUAACCCUGACGUCAGAGUGAAGUCGCUCUUCAUUCAGGCGAGGACAAGGAUGAAUGAUCACUGGAUUGACGUGCCACCACACACCCUCCAUGCUUUGCAAUGCCUGCUUGAUGCAGAUGACCUUCAAAGUCACACGCAAGCUCUUGACAUCAUUGGGCUCCAAGGGCGGGCCGCUUUGAAGGAAGCCAUCAAGCAGAGUGAAGAGGCCUACAGUCAAUGGCUGGAAGCGGCGUGUAAAGGGGGUAUGAGAGGAAAUGGAGACAACCCCUUGGUUGAAUGGCACGCGUUACAACAUGCAGCAGUUGCCCAAGCCAGGACGCUCCCGCCGAUUACUGGCUCUAUGGUUGAGAAAGCCAUUCAGAAAAUGGCCCAUAAAGCCAUUGGUGCUGACGGGUGGAGUGUACAGAUGUUGCAGAAGUUGGCCCCAGUGCAACUGGAAAGGUUGGCUGCGUUUUUCAACACUUGGGAACGUCAGGGUUGUUUCCCGGCCCAACUUUCUCUUGUUCUUGUCGCUCUCAUCAACAAGUCUGAGGACGAGGAGCGACCGAUUGGACUGACUCCUGUGCCGUACCGCUUAUGGGCCAAACUCCGCUGGCCGGUCUUCAAAGCAUGGCUUGAUAAUUAUGCCGCCACCCAAGACUGGGACCGCGCUAAGAAGGGCUUAUCAAGUCUUGAUGUUGCGUUGCGCCGUAAAAUGUCGCAUGAGAUCCUGUACCGGAAAAAGAGACACGGUGUAACGGUGCUCUUGGACCUUAAAGCAUUUUAUGAAAAUGUCUCCCACCACAGUUUUGUGGCCCAGGCCCUUGCCCUUGAGGUACCCCCACUCAUUUUAAAUGCUGCAAUCUCACUUUAUAGUGCGCCGCGGUGGAUCAGUGCUGAAAAGUGUAUCUCUGGGCCUAUCAAACCGACGAAGGGCUUGGUAGCUGGUUGCCCCUUUGCCCCGGGACUCAGCAAGAUCCCCUUUGACAGCAUUUUACGCCCGGCAUGGAAUACGGGGCUCGCCAAAACCAUCGACCUCUAUGUUGAUGACACUAGCUUUGACACUGAAGCUGCUAGCCCUGAGUUAGCUGCGCGUAGGGCAGCGCAGCUGUACAAAGCUGUGGUGGGGGGCUUAGAACAAGCUGGACUUCCCAUCAGCAUCGGCAAGACGGACGCUGCCAAGGAUUUGGGCAUUGAUUGCACUGCUGGAAGAAGGAUGCACUGGCUGCGCGCCUCCUUCGCGCAUGAAUUGGGGCGCAUGUCGCUGGGCUCGGUAGAUCUGACGAUCGACCAUGCUGCACCUAAGAGGCCGGACCCGGCUUACACGAUUAUCUCCCAGCAUUUCCAAGCGAUCCACCGGUUGCUGUGUUUUAUCCCUGACAGGCAAAAACAGCAUUUUGAUGACAUUCUGCCUGACAUGUGGAUGGAGUACCUGCAUACCGAGUAUCCCUGGAAGCGCGCUGCUGGUCCAGUAGGGGCCCUGCUGUGUUACCUGGUUGACUUGGGUUGGACCCCGGUCAGUGCAUCAGCAUGGAAAUGCCCGGAAGAUACCUGCCAGAUCACCACUAAGGUCGGCAUGCAUCACCUACUGUGCUCCCUUGCCUUGGAAACGGACAGGUGGAGGCAUACUCGCAUUGCCCAGCAGGAUUCCCUUUCGCCCCUCUUGACUGGAAUCGAUUGGCACCCGCUCAAAAAGCUUAGAUGUAGGCUGCCGCCGCAGCAAAAAACUUCGCUCAUGGCGGUGUGGCAGGGUGCAAUCCGGGCAGACCCAUGUGCUACCUGCCUCAAAUGUGGAUGCGCAGCAUCUUUGAAUCAUGUGCUAUGGGAGUGUUCCUGGUGGCUAACCAACCUCCCAGAGCCCCCUGCUUUUGAAAGAUUCAGAAAAGAGUGGCCGAUCUCUUCCUUGUGGUCCAGGGGGAUGACCCCGGCCACCACCUACCCGGAUGAUGGCCAAUGGGUGCGCACAACUGGGGCGUGGAAUGAAUCUCAUGUCAUCAGUGGAGAAGGGGUUUAUUUCGCCACCGACGGCUCCCCAGGCCGGUCCAAAGAUGUCCGAUUCCAUCGUUACACGUGGGCUGCAAUUGCCUUUAGAUUGGACAAUGCCGAACAGGCUGUAAUUGCAACGGCAAUUGGUACCUUGCAAACCCCGCUUUCGGUGUUCCGGGCGGAGGCGGCUGCUGUUAAAUUUGUUGCCGAGCACACUCAAGGAGAUGUUGACCUCACAAUGGAUUGUAAAGGGAUUCUCUCUAGGCGGGCCAAUGAGCUGGUCGACCGCCUGGUGGGUGAAGCGGCUGAACAAAGAAGAGAUCCACUCUAUGAGUCCAGCAUAAAGAAGCUGGAUGCUGUGAUCACUCAGGUCAACACCUUGUUGGCCAAGCGCUCUGCAGCCCUUCUCUCUUAUGAUAAGGACCAGGGCCCUCAGGUGCAGUGGCCGGAUAAGAUUGCCUUCAAAGUAUGCCGCCGAAGCACAAAUCCCCUGCCUCUAAGGCGGAGAAGGGCGGAACCACAGGAUGAGCAAGCCCCUGAGCCCGUGCCACAACAGUUGCAGCCCCCUGAGCCCUUGGUGGACAACCAGGCUCAGGGGAUGAGAAAUCCUGGAGUCGUGCUUCGGGAAAAUCCUCAGCUUGAGCAGCGCAAUCCUGAGCACCGCCCUGCAGCUUUGGUGGCAAACCAGGCUGAGAUGGAUGAAGUUCCUGGAAUUGUCCUUCGGGAGAAUCCCUAUGCACCUGAGGCUGGUCCGGUUUUGGGUGCCCCAAACCAGGACAGCUGCUCUGAAGAAAGUGAGGAGGAGCCAAUGGUGCCUGAUCCCAUUGUGCAUCCGGAGCCUCCCCCAGCACCGCCAGCUGCGCAUAUGCUGCCCGCCCCGUUGAACUUUGAUGAUAUGGAUCAGGAAGCGGGCGCAGCCUUUGCCAUUGCUGAGAGGGCUCGCAACACCAAGCCAGAGUUGGUGGCUUUCAAAUCCGAUCUGGGCUAUGCUGGUGUUUUCCAGGCCCUCCCCAAGGACCAGAUCCACGUGUGGUUCAAUGACACGGGGGACAACACUGCAGCAUAUAUCCACAAUGGAAGAACCAGGUACGGAUAUGAUGUUGGUGGUGGCUAUGUCUUGAAGGUUGGGACAAAGCAGGCGUUUGGGGAUGAGGUGGCGAUUUCGGCUUUGCUUCCUAAGGUUGCAGCCACCAUCAUUGGGGCUGGUUCCACGACACUGCAGGUGUUGCUCUCUGGGCGACCCUGGGAGUUCAGGUCCCAUCUGGUGGCUUGGUCGAUUGUGGAAAAAGUCGAGCUCCUCACGGAUUUUGGUUCUCGGAACCAGAUCCACCCUCAGUGGUCCUUGUAUGCCUUCGCCCUCCUUUUGCAAUUGAGCCGACAUUUUGCUCUUCGCGAUGUGUCAAAAUCCAACCUGGGGAUAAAACCAGGACUCAGUGCCGCUACACCCAUGUUGUGUUUUUUCGAUCUCGCGGAUUGGCACUUCGAAGGGCUCAAUGCUGGAUGUUGGUUUCCCAAGUAUAGCUUGCGCAGCUUCAUCGAGGCCCUUCGAUGUGUCUGUGACGUCACGCCGUUGGAGCCGUAUCUCCGCAGGCAGGCGGUGGUCCCUUGCCUCAACGAUAUCAUUGCGGUUCUCCCCGCCGCGCUCAAGGCAAACUUGGAGAUCCAACUGGUCCUCAUGAACGGCCGAGUCUCUGAUUGGGCUCACCUUGCUGCAUUGACUAACCAAUAG